UGUCACGUGAUAAGGUCAAAGUUUACCUCAAGGACGAAACAUGGCAGCAGCAGUUCCGAAGAAGGUGUUUGAGGUGUUCGUGUCCAAGAUACCAUGGACUAUUGCGAUGAAGGAGGUGCGGGAAUACUUCGGACAGUUUGGUCAAGUGAAGAAGUGCCUGCUUCCCUUUGACAAGGAGACAGGCUUCCAUCGAGGGUUCUGCUGGGUCGGCUUCACCUCGGAGGAUGCUCUGAUCAACGCGCUACAGAAGGACCCACACACGCUGGAGGGAGCAAAGAUUCAAGUCCAGAAGAACAGACGCUCGUUUGCUGCGGUGAAAACCAACAAAGACUCUGACGACUCUGUACAUGUGUAACCAAAUGUGUCUGUUACACAUGUAUAGAGUCUGAGGACUCUAUACAUGUGUAAACAAUAUGUACUUUUUUUCAUAUUUUUCAUUUUUGGUGUCCGUGUCGUUUUUUUCCAAUGCACAAAAUAUAUUUUGUGACACAGCAGUUAAAAUGGUGUUGACAGUCCACAUGAUGUGAACAAACUAUCAAUGUACCCAACAAGAAUCACACCCAUCAAAUAUUUAUUGGGAAGCAGGUGAAUAUUUUGCAUUUACCGUUGUUUUUUUUUAUAGGCAAUGUUCAGGAAUAUUCUCUCCAUUCCAUUGCUUUGUUUAUUUGACUGCCUAUUCUCGCAGAAAUAUUGGGCAUGGAUAUUGUUAUAGAAUAAAAGACUUAAAGGUACUUAAAGAAUGUGUCAUUAUUACU